AAUUGGUCCACCCUCAUUCCUCACUGUAUGAAUUUCGAUCAGAGCUUCAGUCAAAGGACUAAACAGCUUGUUGUUAGAUUGUCAUUUACAAGAGGUGGAACUGGGGGUAAAUGGCGAAAACGUACGACUAUCUUUUUAAACUUUUGCUCAUAGGAGACAGCGGAGUUGGGAAGACAUGUCUGCUGUUCAGGUUCAGCGAAGACGCCUUUAAUACUACCUUCAUAUCAACGAUCGGAAUCGACUUCAAAAUCAGAACGAUCGAGCUCAAUGGCAAGAAGAUCAAGCUGCAGAUAUGGGACACGGCAGGACAGGAGAGAUUUAGGACCAUCACCACCGCAUACUACAGAGGAGCCAUGGGCAUUAUGCUGGUGUAUGACAUCACGAGUGAUAAGUCCUUCGAGAACAUCAAGAACUGGAUUCGGAAUAUUGAAGAGCAUGCAUCAUCAGAUGUCGAGAGGAUGAUCCUCGGGAACAAGUGUGACAUGAAUGACAAGAGACAGGUGUCCAAAGAGAGGGGAGAGAAGUUGGCGAUAGACUAUGGGAUCAAGUUUUUGGAAACAAGUGCAAAAUCCAGUCUAAAUGUUGAAGAGGCUUUUUUCACACUGGCCAAAGACAUCAUGGCUCGACUCAACAGAAAAAUGAACGAUGGCUCUCAGGCUGAAGGGGGUGGUCCAGUGAAAAUCACGGAGAACAAGUCCAAGAAGCACAGCUUCUUCAGAUGUACCCUCUUGUGAGAGGGUCCGGACACACUGACUCAAUGACUGGGAAAUCCUGUGUCACUGACACAUGCAGGUGGGGGGACGUCUCUGUCUCUCUCUCCCCCCCCCCCCCUCUCUCUCUCUCUGUCUCUCUCUCUUUCACACACACACACACACACACACACACACACACACACACACUCUCCUCGGGGACCUAAACGAGAGACUGGUGUGUUCUCUGCCUGCUCAGUGCCGGUCAAGAGAGACUGGCUCACCUUCCUGUAACCCCACCAACUUCAGCAGGGGCGGAAUGUUCCGGAAGGACUCUGUGGGUCGGCUCGUCCACUGGGAUUUAAACAUGUGAACUGCAGCACGGCUGGCCAGGAAUACAACAGACUCGGGAGCGGAUCUGACCCUCGUCUGACACGGAUCUGUGCCAGACGUGGGCCAGGCCCGACCUGCAGUCUCCCUGGCCUCCACACUUUGUCUCGCCAGGAUGUCACAGCUUCUCUCUGUGUCUGGUUUUAGUGUUCGCCCGUCGGCUUUGUUUCUGUUAAUGGAACCACUUUAACCGUUUCAUUUAGUCGGUUCGUUUUCUGAAGUGUGUGUGACCGUGUGUCUUUUUACGAGUGUGUUUACAAGUUAAUCUGAGAGUACCUCUGAUUGUGGUGAUGUGCAGACAUGUUCUGUUGUUGGACACACACACAUACACACAUACACAUACACAUACACAUACACAUACACAUACACACACACACACACACACACACACACAUAACAAAAGAAGAAAAAAAUGUACAACGCAUCUGUGAUGUAUGCUUUCUGGAUUGUGUCAAGGUCAGGAAUAUUUCAACUGUUUGUGUCUUAUGAAACAUUUCAAGUGUCCUAUUUUAUUAUACUAAACUCCUAGUCACUGUAUCUCCUCUUCUGAGCACAUAACCAUGUAUAGCACUGUAACUGAACUUGCACUCCUUUGAGAAGUCUCAAAUAUAGAAUGCCACAGCUGCAGUGCAUGAUGGGUAAAAGUACACUCCCUAGUCUUGUGUCGUACAUGUGCUUCUGACGCUGCAGCUGAUGAACUCACCAUAUUUGAAAGAGACGUCUUUUUUCUUUAUUUUGAUUUUAUUAUAUAUAUAUUUUUUAUACAUGUGUAAUAUUUGUCGUGCUUUAACAUACUGUUAAUCUGGAUGCUCUGAGGAUGUAGUGUUGAGAGAUGAAAAGAAAAAAGAUGCAUGAUAUCACUGCAUAAUGUAGUGUUGGAAGCUAUUGAGAAGCCGCUAAAUUUGCAUGCAUAUUAACAAAGGUAUACCCUAAUAAGCAGUUACCCAGUAACAUAGUUAUUUUUAUAUUGCUCAUUGGUUUGAGUGAUGUCACAGUAGUUGUGCUUUUUCCCCCCGUUGUCCCAAACCAGUUUGUGCUCAUUCAGUUAUUGAUAUUUAAUUAAGGUAUAACGCAAGCGUUUACAAACCAUAGCAGCAGUAUUAUUUCUCACGCUGCACUUUAUUAGCGUGUGUUCGCUCUGUGCAGUUUUACAGAUGUCUGUGGCACGCUGUGAAACGCUGCCUAUGUGUUUGUGUGUGUACAAUGUGUCUUUUUUUCCUUUUUUAAAAGGUAUUCUUGUUGCCCUAUUGUGUACAACAAAUUUCAUUCCAAAACUGUGAGUGUUGUCAUUGAACUGGCUGCUGUUCUUGGCUUGUAGUUAUUGACGCGUAGAUGUUCAGCAAAGGGUUUGUCUCCGUCACGCGUCCUCAAGUUUGCGACAUGAGAGGCGGUGUCUGUACAGAGCUCACCCUGUGUCGUGUGUUAAUCUAGGAUUGACCAAGUCUCUCUAGAACAGCCAGUAGCAUCAUAUUAGCAAUAACUGGUCCCCUGUAAGGAUAGCGACAGUCCUGUGGGCUAGAGAAUUGGAUGGUUGUAUUUUUGGAUACACAAUUCCAUUACUGUCUUGUUACGUACCGUUAGGUCUUCUGUGUCAGAAUCUGCUUCGAGGAAUGUGAUCACCAUUCUCCUUUGUUGCCAUUUGAAAUUGACGGUUGCACAAAUGAGUAACAUUUGUUCAAAUGGGACCAUUGCUAUGCAUGCGUGUUGGUAUAAACUAGUCACUUUGUGGCGGUGAGAAGACGGACAUGUCUAUGUAGUGUUCUCCACUUGUAGCCUGGCAACCAAUUGGAAUACUCAAAUACUCAUUAUGUAGAUAACAUAAUGUACAUACUUCUGAAUACUGUGUGGACUAAAGUGUAAAAACAGAGUGAUUUUACCAGUUGUAAACUGUUUUUCUACCACAUGUAACCAAAGUAAAAACUGUAUAAAGAGA